GAUGUGUGUGGCUUGUCUUUUUGGUGGUUGUUGUUUUGUUUUGGACUUUUUUUGCGAUGAAAGCUGUGCACUACUCCUUAUUUCCAGAUGUUCCUAAUUUCCUCAGCCUCUUCCUUCUACUCUUUCCCAGGAGAAAUAUUUUUGUUUCCUGAAAAAGUUUCCUUUUGGGUGCUGACCAAACUUCUACCUGUGAAGGGUUAGAAAUAGAAGAACUGGGGCAUUUUUAUAAUGCUGUCUGUGGUGGUUUUCACCCAUAACUACAUGGGAAUCAUUGCUAUAACAGAUGUUCUGGUUUAGAGAACAAAACCAGUUUUUGCUAAAUGUAAAGGUGCGAGUGCUAACAACAAAUAAAGAAAUCACAGAGAACAGGUGGAUAAAGAAUAGAAACAGAUGUAGGAAAGAAGGAAUUGCUCUCAGUUACUCACUUUCGGCCUGAAUUGUAUUUUAACAGCUGUUUCUCACAGCAGAAGGCUCUCCAUCCAAAAAGAUAAAAGAACACCAGUUUGGGAGGAACAGCAAAGAGAGUUAAGGACAAAAGCUGAUGGACCAUUACAUCUUCUGAAAUGAGCCUUUUCACACUUUCCUACUGGAAAAUAACAUGUCCUGAAGAGAGAAGAAUUCAGUGCCGGACUGUCUUGAGCACUACCCAUGGUGCAGCUUCCGAGGACAGCUUGAUUUCUGUGACUUGAAGAGGAGGCACAUGUGCAGUGAGCCAAGAGGACAUGGGCUUCCAGUGCUUCUGGAACAAUGAUCAGGUACUGUGCCCACAUGUCACAUGUGAAUUGUAUCCUACAAAUCCUCUGAGCACCCCUUCGGGCCGUCUCCUUGAUGCACACUCACGGCAUCAUGGCCAGCACUCAGGAGCGCCUGAGCCUGUCUUCCUCUCCCAACUCCAUCGGCAAAGCGUUCUGUGAGGACAAAGACUUGGGGAGGUUCCCCGACGAGCACCCCGCAGCCGGGAGCCACACAUCCCCUGAGCUGCUGGAGGACGUGCGGGAGCGGGGCUCGCUGCCGGCCGAGCUGCUGGAGGGUGUGAGCAGCCCGGGCACGGCGGCCGUGCUGACCAGCAUCAGCGAGGACGCCCGCGACCAGUUUGAGAACAGCGUGCUGCAGCUGCGGGAGCAGGACGAGCCCGAGCCGGGGCUGCCGCAGGGCACGCGCAGCCCGGGGGACGGCGACACCAGCAGUGCCACCGAUGAUGUGAAGGUCCAGUUCAACCGGACGGGCAGCGGCAGCGGCGGCUUCCUCGAGGGGCUCUUCGGGUGCCUGCGGCCCGUGUGGAACAUCAUAGGCAAGGCCUACUCCACGGACUACAAGCUGCAGCAGCAAGACACGUGGGAGGUGCCAUUUGAGGAGAUCUCGGAGCUGCAGUGGCUGGGCAGCGGGGCACAGGGAGCCGUCUUCCUGGGGAAAUUCCGAGCAGAGGAGGUGGCCAUCAAGAAAGUGAGGGAUCAGAACGAGACAGACAUCAAGCACCUGCGGAAGCUCAAGCAUCCCAACAUUAUCGCCUUCAAGGGAGUUUGCACCCAGGCCCCGUGCUACUGCAUCAUCAUGGAAUACUGUGCCCACGGGCAGCUCUAUGAGGUCCUGCGGGCUGGCAGGAAGGUCACCCCACGGCUGCUAGUGGACUGGUCUACGGGAAUUGCCAGUGGCAUGAACUACCUGCACCUCCACAAAAUCAUCCACCGAGACCUCAAGUCACCAAAUGUUUUGGUUACACACACAGAUGCAGUAAAGAUUUCAGAUUUUGGUACGUCUAAAGAGCUCAGCGAUAAAAGUACCAAAAUGUCCUUUGCGGGGACAGUGGCGUGGAUGGCCCCAGAGGUGAUACGGAACGAGCCUGUCUCUGAGAAGGUGGACAUCUGGUCAUUUGGGGUGGUUUUGUGGGAACUGCUCACGGGAGAGAUUCCCUACAAGGACGUGGACUCUUCAGCCAUCAUUUGGGGAGUGGGCAGCAACAGCCUCCACCUUCCUGUCCCUUCCACCUGCCCAGAUGGCUUCAAAAUCCUCAUGAAGCAAACCUGGCAAAGCAAGCCCCGGAACCGCCCGUCCUUCCGGCAGACACUGAUGCACUUGGACAUCGCCUCUGCUGAUGUGCUGGCUACUCCUCAGGAAACCUACUUCAAAUCCCAGGCUGAAUGGAGAGAAGAAGUGAAGAAACAUUUUGAGAAAAUUAAAAGUGAAGGAACUUGUAUCCACCGGCUGGAUGAAGAAUUGAUUCGCCGUCGAAGAGAAGAGCUGAGACAUGCAUUAGAUAUCCGUGAGCACUAUGAGAGGAAGCUGGAGCGAGCCAAUAACCUGUACAUGGAGCUCAGUGCUAUCAUGUUGCAGCUGGAGGUGCGGGAGAAGGAGCUCAUCAAGAGGGAACAAGCGGUGGAAAAGAAAUACCCUGGGACUUACAAACGCCACCCAGUCAGACCAAUAAUCCACCCCAACACAGUGGAGAAGUUGAUGAAGAGGAAAGGGGUCUCCCAUAAACCAGGCAGCCAGACCAAACGGCCAGAUCUGCUGAAGUCAGAGGGCAUACCCAGCACAGAAGCAGCAUCCAAUGGCUCCCCAGUCUCAGGAAGUCCCAAGAUGUCAACCCUGAGUGGUAAAAGCCGGUACCGCAGCAAACCCCGGCACCGCCGGGGGAACAGCAAAGGCAGCUACAAUGAAUUUGCAGGGAUCUUGAAGAACCAGCCAGCGCAAGACGAUGCCCCCCAGCCUGGUCCUCCCCACCCUCCCCACACCCCUGGAGUGCCACAGCAGCCCGGCCACGGGCCCCACGGGCAGCACUCGCGGCUGCACGCCCACGGGCAGGACAUCGCCACCUGCGCCAACAACCUGCGGUAUUUCGGCCCCGCGGCCGCGCUGCGCAGCCCCCUCAGCAACCACGCCCAGCGCCGCAUGUCCGGCUCCAGCCCCGACCUCAUCUCCACCGCCAUGGAGGCCGACUGCCGCCGCGGCCUGGACAGCAAGGACAGCACGGCCGAGCGCUGGGAGUGCUGCCAGGCCGAUGCCUACGACCCCUGCCUGCAGUGCAGGGAUGAGGACAGCGGCCAGGCACAGAUGGCGUCUGUGGAACCAGGGGGGAGCCGCCCCCAGUCCCCGGCAUCCGCAUCCCUCUACGAGAGCGCGCAGUUCAUGGAGAAGCUGGAGGAGCAGGGCACGGCGGCGUCCACCCUGGGCACUCCACAGCACUUGGCUUCCUCAGGGCUACCCUGCAAAGCAAGAUCCCUCCAAAAGAGCGGGGAUGAGUCAUCAGAAGAGGAGGAGGGUGAAGUUGACAGUGAAGUGGAGUUUCCUCGUAGACAAAGACCCCACCGCUGCAUCAGUAGCUGCCAGUCCUACUCGACCUUCAGCUCUGAGAACUUCUCCGUGUCGGAUGGAGAGGAGGGGAACACAAGCGACCACUCGAACAGCCCCGAUGAGCUGGCCACCAAGCUGGAGGAUGAGCUGGCUGAGAAGCUGGAGGACAUGUUGUCCCAGACUCCAGAGAUCCCCAUUGAAAUCUCCACGCAGUCAGAUGGGCUUUCGGACAAAGAAUGUGCUGUGCGGAGAGUCAAGACUCAGAUGUCUCUGGGCAAACUUUGUGCAGAUGAACACAGCUGUGAGAACCCACCACAGUUUGGAGAAUCAGACUGUGACUCUUCUGAAGGGGAGUGUUCUGAUGCCACAGUCAGGACCAAUAAGCCCUGCAGCUCUGCUACUUGGAAGAGAAGAUGCUUCUCCUUCCCACCCCAGGAGUGAUUUGCAAUAACCCGAAUCUCUGGAAAAUGUCCAAAUGAAAUUAAUUCUCUUUGAGCAUUUCAAUCAAGAAUGGCAGGGAUGUAUUUUAUUGAAUAAUCUAGUUACUGUAACAUGGAUAUUUAUUUUUUUGACAUUUUAACACUUUUUACUGUAAAGAGUGGAUUGUAUUUAUAGACACACAGACUCGUUGCAAAAAAAAAAAAAAGUUCAGAAA